AUGUCUGAAUAUGAUGCUCUGUUGCGUUUCAAUAGGGAGCCAGUCUCGUUAGACAUGAUCAAAUAUCUAGCUAAGGUGACUGAAUCGAUUGUAACACAUCUAAGACCGGAGGUACGAAGUUCGGAUAAACCUCCCAUCCCAACUUUGGUCGAGUUCAUUGCUGGGCUCGUAACCAACUCGAAAGUGGGAACCCCUACUUUGAUGGCCAGCACUGUUUACCUGGUUCGACUGAAGGACAUUCUCCCACCCAACAUCAUUGGCAUUGAAACAACGAGACAUCGACUGUUUUUGGGUUGUUUGAUAAUUGCCGCCAAGACAUUGAACGAUAACUCGCCCUUGAACAAACAUUGGAGCAAACAUACUAACAAUCUGUUACCAAACAGAGAGAUAAAUAUAAUAGAGCGCGAGCUUCUAUCGUACCUGAGAUGGAGGGUCACUUUUUCGAUCGAGGAAUUGAUUUCCUCAUUGCAGCCCCUACUGAUCCCUAUCCGGUUCAACAUGUACAGAGAGUUGCAAAAGACAAAUAUGUUGUUCUUCAACCCUCAAGACAUUGCCUACAGGGAUACUGCGACGCAGCGCUUCCGCGUGGGCAACGAGGCGUGUACCGGUUCCGUCGACUCCAUUCCAUCCAUUGCAUCUAAAUCAAGCAACGAGAGCAUGAAGACGUUAUCUACACGUGACUCUGAGGAGAGCGUCGUCAUUAGUUCACUGAGGGACCAGCCCGCGGUACUACCUAUUGACCCUAUCGUGGAUAAAAGUUACAAGAGUUCGCUUGUGCGGUCGAAGAAGGCUUUCUCAUUGACUGAACUGAAUGAGGACAUGAUGUUGGAUCGUUUGGAAAGUGGUGGGUACAGUUAUCACCAGCAUUCGAGACACGAGAGUCUCAUACAGAAGAUUAGGAAGACCAGUUGGGGUUCUCUGUUCCAUUUGAAAGCAUGA